UGGAGGAGGAGGAGGAGGUGGAGGUGGAAGUGGAGGUGGAAGUGGAGGUGGAAGUGGAGGGGGAGGUGGAGGAGGGAGUGGAACAGGAACAUCAGGAGGAGCAGGAGGAGGAGGAGGAGGAGGUAGCAGUAUCGGGAAGACUAAUAAGCAGAGUGGAAAGCAGAUACCUGGCAUGGUUGGCGUUGGCAGCAGCAGCAGUAGCAGCAGCAGUACGGCCGCAGUGAUACAGGUGGGGCCAGGAGGAAGCAUUACCUCAGCCACUGCUAACCCCACCAUGCGCAAGUUGACAGCAGCCCACCUUUCCACCACCUCUCUUCACCCACAGGGUGUGGCAAGGCGCACUGUGGGUCCUGGAGGCGGUGCGGUUGUCCAGGGGCACACAAGUGAUGGGCAGCUGAGCAGGGAGGAGGUGGAGAGACGACUGGCAGCCCGUCAACCCCUCAGUGACUUCACCACCACCACGCCCUCCCUCACCCUGCCCAACCAGCUCUUCUCCGACAAUAUCAUGGAAGGUGACUUCAUGGAGGAGGAGGUGGAGACAUCGCCCAGCAACAUUGAGGAUGAUGUCACAGUGGAUAACUAUGACUAGAGAGAGAGAGAGAGAGAGAGAGAGAGAGAGAGAGAGAGAGAGAGAGAGAGAGAGAGAGAGAGAGAGAGAGAGAGAGAGAGAGAUUAUACUGGUGAAUUGGUGAAUAAAUGAAUAAACUUAACUAGAUUUA